AUGACAGAAAAAGAUACAAAUUCAAACGAUGCUAAAGCCUCCGUACUAAAGGAUGAAUGGGCGAUACGACCCUGCUCCGUGUACAAAGAUGAAUACGAUGAUUGUACCAGUUUUAAGGCUAGAUUCCAUCAGUAUUUUAUCCAUGGCGAAAAUACCGAUUGCACCCAAUGGCAAACAGAUUACAAAAAUUGUGUAAAGUAUCAGGAUUCCAAUGGCAAUGAUGUGGCGGCCGGCGAGGCUGUAAUACGCAGCGAAGAAGAAAGACGUUUGAAACGUUUCCAUGGCCAUUAUGGCAACACGGUGUGGCAAAAGCGAAAAAGUCCCCCCGAAGAUUGGGCAGCACCACUGCCCGAAUGGAUGGAGAAGAAAAAUGAAAAUUCAUAUCUGCAAUUGAAACAAAUGGAAUUGGAGGGACGAGCCGAACCCACAGAGACAAAAUCCUAUUGUGCGAUAAUGUAG